AUGUUCCAGUAUGAGGACCUCAUGUGGCUCAUCAGCUUCCCGCUGGUGUGCGCCAUCAUACUGUGGUUUUCACUCGAUCUUGCCGUGCUGGUGCGAGUCGGCGGUGGCCGGCGAAGACGUGCCAACGCGCGUCGCGCAAUCGAGCGGCUUAUCAUGAGCAGUCCGGUGUUGAGGGCUUCGUCGGUGGCACAGCCAACGUCGCGCGACUCCACCCCCAACAUUGAUUGUCCCUCUCAACGACCUAGCGGUAGCGCCUUGCCAGAGCACGUAGGCAUGAGCGGAAACGGUAGCAGCAGCGACAACGAGGAAGGACAUGGGGAACAGCACCGCGCGUCACCACCAGGAAUUACCGGCUCCGUAACAGCAAGAACAAUACCACGCCAUCAACAGCGCGUGCGGCAGGUGGUUAUCCCCGCAGCGCUCCGCAUUGCUACACGAGCUGUGGUGCGCCGUGCUGUUGUUCUCGUCGGCGGAGACUUUGCGCGGUCACCGCGGAUGCAAUACCACGCGGCGAGUCUGGCGCGUAGCGGUCUCUUCGACGAGGUACUGCUGGUCGGGCUCGAUCACGGAAAUCAACUUAGCGAGGACCUUCUCAUGAGCGGGGAACCGCAACCGGAACGCUUCGUCACCCGGGAUGACUCAGCAGCAGCGAAGGAGAUGGAGCACACGGUCUACGACGUGCAAGCUCGACUUGAGUCGCCAGAACUUCGACCAGGCUGUGGCUGUAUUGUGUCGACGCGCUACCUAAUAGCCCCUCCGUCGCCGCCUGAGUGGUUACAGACAGUGUUUCCCUUGAUCUCCUUGCACUGGGUUGUCUGCACACUCUACCGCCUUGUGACGCUCACCGGUCUCUUCAUCUUCCAAACCAUGUGCACCACUGCCACCCGCAUCAACGAGCAUGGGCAACUAUUAGUCACGGACCUCAUCUUCAUCCAGACACCACCGGCAAUCCCCUUUGUCCUUCUUGUCAAGUACUUCGUGUGCCCCUUGGCGUUUGUGUACAACAUGCUGCUCUACUACGGUGUGGUGGUGCCAGCCGCCUGGAUGAACCCUGGUGCGAUGCGGGACGUACGACAGCAAUGCCGGUUGCAGUCAUUACGCUUUACCAGCGCGGCGGGCCGCUCAGCCGACAGUCGAUGUCGCUCCUUAGCGAUCUUGCGCAGAUUUUCGAUUCCGUCUCUCUUAGGGACACGCAGCUGGGUUUUCUACCCCACCAUCGUGGUGGACUGGCACAACUUCGGCCACACCAUCUUGGAGCAGAACCACCGGCCCACCGCGGCGGUGCAGCUGUACAAACUGUUUGAGAUGCACGUGUGCGCCGGCCACGUCAAUGUGACUGUAAGUCAGGCGAUGCGCCGCGCUCUGGAGUGUGCGUACCCAUGGCUGAGGCGCCAGUCCGCCAUCGCGGCGGAUGCACCGCUGCAGCACCACGGUAGCACUUCGGUAGCUGCCUCUGCGAGCUCGCAGGCUGAGGGAGCGCUGUCAACGGCAGUGGUGUCUCCCACUGCAGUGAUAGUGCUGUACGAUGUGGCACCAUCCUUUUUCCGACCUGUGCAGCACAGCCGGUGUGUGCGGGAUGUCUUGGCGCGCCUGCUGCGGCGGCACCGCGCCGCCGACCCGUUACCCUCUCACGCCUCCGCUUCCACUCCCGCGAAAGGCUCUGGCAACAGCGGCGCGUACACCCUCGUGAGCAAGGCGGAUCUAGAAACAAUGGGGUGGGGCAUCUCGGGGCCACCAGCGUGGGUGUACGCAGACGCUGCGGCAGAGUCGGUAGCCGCCUCCGCCCUCAGCACCCUGGCAGCCGCACCUGCAACGAUGGCGACGCCGUCGCGGCGAGGCAUCAUGGUGGUCGGGUCGACCAGCUGGACAGAGGAUGACAAUUACUCGGUGCUCAUCCAAGCCCUCCAGCGGCUGGACCACCGCCUUCGACACGAAGUCAGCUAUGGAAGUGGCAACGGCAGCAGCAGCGGACCUGUUGAUCUCUGGGUGCUGAUUACUGGGAAAGGAACUGCCCGCCAGCGCUUCGAGGAUGCCGUGCGCGCUGCCAAGCUGUCGUCGCACGUGGUGGUGAGCACGUACUACGCACAGUCGUACCAGGAGUACAGCCUCCUGCUCGGUGCCGCCGACGUCGGCCUCUGUCUGCACUUUUCCUCCAGUGGGCUGGACCUACCUAUGAAGGGCGCGGACAUGAUCGGGGUAGGGCUUCCAGUCAUUGCCAUGCAGUACCCCGCCAUUGGCGAGCUCAUUGGUGCUGUGACGCGGGUGCUGACGACUCAGGUGGUGUGUCUGCGCAACGGUGCGGUGAAUCCUCAGGAGGCCUCACAGGUCAGCAGUGGCUACGCGAAGGCCGUGCAGCCAUCUCUGCAAGAGUGUGAGCGAGGCUGGUCGUUCCGCAACGACACCGAUCUUGCGUUCUUGCUCUCCAGCUUUGUAGGCCUGCCACCCACCAGCGAGAGUGUCCGCGAUGGCGGCAGUAGCCCGUCACGUUUGUCACCGACGCCGCUGUCGGUGAUGAAGCAGCGAGCCUACGAAGCACGACUGCAUGCGCACACUUGGGAGGAGAACUGGAGGCAAGUUCUUUUGCCAGUGCUUAAGCAAGUGGUAUAG